AUGAAGAUCAAGUAUGCCAUUGUCUUCAUCUUCAUCAUGGCCCUAGUCAUUAUUGAAAAGGAAAGUAACAUCAUAUCAAGGGUGUCUGAAAAAAUGAUGCUGAGACAAACGCCACAGCAGACCACACAAACUUCUCUGGAUUACAGCAACACAACACAACCUAGUCAGACCAUCAGUACGACACAAGGGAGUCCUUCUAAUCGCACUGAGGAGCAGCACGAGAAAGAACUUCAAAAUGGUCGUCGUAAGCACAUUUUACUUAUGGCCACCACGAGAUCAGGCUCUUCAUUUGUGGGACAAUUCUUUAACCAGCACGGAGAGAACAUGUUUUACCUCUUUGAGCCACUAUGGCACGUAGAACGCAUGAUGAUGAAUAAAUCUGCAGAAACGAACAACAGCAGCCUAUUGCCAACAAUUUAUCGGGAUGUACUUAAGGGCCUCUUCCUGUGUGAUUUCUCCCCUUUGGAGAAGUUCAUCUCUCCACCACCCCAGAACCAUGUGACCUCUGAGCUUUUCCGUAGACAUUCCAGUUCAUCACUGUGUGAAGAGCAAGUCUGUACUCCUGUCAUCAAGGACGUUUAUGAGCGGUACGGUUGCAAAAAUCGGCUGUGUGGUCCACUCAACUUGACGCUAGCUUCGCAGUUGUGCCUUUCCAAAAAACACCAAGCCAUCAAGACUGUACGCGUACAGAAGUGGCAAACGCUGCAGCCUCUUUUGGAGGACCCUCGCCUGGACAUGAAAAUAAUCCAGCUUGUCCGAGAUCCACGUGCCAUAUUGGCAUCACGCAUAUUGGCCUUCCCAAAGUACCAAACGUGGAACGACUUUGUGCACGAUGGUCAUCCACCCGAAAAUUACAAGGAGGUACUCCAAGGAAACUGUGACAACAUCAGGUGGGCCGCUGAGGUGGGCCUGAGCCAGCCUGACUGGUUGAGGAGACGCUACAUGUUGGUGCGGUACGAGGACAUCGCUCGAUUCCCAAUGCAGAAGGCCGAAGAGAUGUACAGGUUUACGGGGAUCCCGUUCAGCCCUCAGGUCCGUGAGUGGAUAUUGAGGAAUACCCACACCACACAGGGCAAAGAUGACCUCUUCUCCACCCAGAGAAACUCAUCAGAGCAGGCAGAAAAAUGGAGAUAUAACCUUCCUUUUACCCUUGCUCAGUUGGUGCAGCGACUUUGCGGACCCACGAUGAAGCUGUUUGGAUACAAGUUUGUGAACAAUGCAAAGAUGCUCGUCAACAAGUCCAUCAGCUUAUGUGAGGACAGAACAUUUCAAUAA